CGCUGCUGCCGUAACCGGAAGCGCGGGAGGACUUGUCGUAAGUUGUCUCCUGCUAGCAGGUGGAUCCCAGACAGUUUCACGGAUUCAGGGAAAGAUGGGGGGCUCUCAGAGCGUCCAGAUCCCAGGUGGAGGAACCGAAGGCUAUCACGUCCUCAGGGUACAGGAGAACUCUCCUGGUAAUCGUGCAGGAUUGGAGCCAUUUUUUGAUUUCAUCAUUUCAGUUUGUGACACCAGACUGUUGAUGUCUCAGCAGAAGAGGGACAACGACACCCUGAAAGAGCUGCUGAAAGUUAACGUGGAGAGGCCCGUCAAGAUGCAGCUCUACAACAGCAAGACGCAAACCGUGCGGGAGACGACCGUCACACCCAGCAACACGUGGGGAGGGCAGGGCCUCCUGGGUGUCAGCAUUCGUUUCUGCAGCUUCGAAGGAGCCAAUCAGAACAUUUGGCACGUUUUGUUAGGAAAGAGAGCCUUCGCCUGCUCUGCUCCUUCUGCUUGGAACCAGCUGCAGAAAACCUGGAAAAUGACUGAGCAGGAAAUUGAGCCCAACUCUCCUGCAGCUCUGGCAGGUUUGAGGCCUUUCAUCGACUACAUAAUUGGGGCAGACAUCGCCAUGCAUGAGAGUGAAGAUCUGUUCUCCCUGGUUGAAGAGCAUGAAGGGAAGGAGCUGAAGCUGUACGUCUACGGCACGGACACCGACAAUUGCCGCGAGGUGGUCAUCACUCCAAACUCUGACUGGGGAGGAGAGGGCAGUCUCGGAUGUGGGAUUGGUUAUGGCUACCUGCACAGGAUACCUACACAGCUAGUAGCAGAGGAGAAGACCUUUGAACUUCCUCCUCAUGCGGAAGCAUCCUCUAAAGAUGGUUUCACAGAGGUCCAUCUGUCUGCUGUCAUUCCAACUGUUCCGAUGGAUGUAUCGUCUUCUGCUUCAACUGGAUUAGAGCAGCAUCUUACUAGUUUGUCAGUCAGCUCUGGCUCCAUGACUGUCCACAACAAAAUACCAGCAGGAACUUCCGUUGCCCCUCUGCCCCACCAGACAACGUCCCUACACAACUUUUCACUACCAAUAAAUGCUUCUUCUACACUACCGGACCCUCAGCCCUUUCCUGGAGUUCUCCCUAGUUUACCAAAUCUAAACCCUUUACCAGAUGGGAAUCAUGUGCUGACCCACCAUGAAGGUCUUUCGUCUCUGCCUCCUCUCCACCUGCGAGAUGGCGUUUCCACGGCGUCUCGGCCUCCGUCUGACUUCAUACACCCAGUUAUCUCUACUAAUGCAAACUCUGGAUAUAAACACAAUAACACACCUCCUCUCUCCAGUAUUCAUAUGAACAAUACCCAAACACCUCACCCCUCUUCAGCCAGCACCUCCGGAUCAAUAAAUAUCACAAUAUCUGCAGACUCCUAGCACAGAGCGCUGUUGGAGAACGAUGCCUUGCUCUGAUCUAACUGGUCUAUUUGUUGCACCACUCAGCUGACAAAUUGGUCAUUUUACAACAAUCUGAAGUGUUGCAAGCUCUUUGAAUGCAGCCUCUUUUUUUAACCUUUGAGUCUACAUAAAUGAUCUCAGUAACCAGUGUGCCAUAAGGAGGUCAGCAUCAUUUCAUUGUAAUGGUUUAUAUACUGAUAUGUUUCAGAGGAAUUGAAGGUUGAGAUUGAUGUUUUUCUUGACUAGAGUAGGUUUUCACUGUAAAACCUUUUGGAUUUGUAUAAAGUAAAAUUUAAUAUCUUGAUCACUGA